AAAUGUCUCGACACCAAAAUGAGACUUCUCUGCCUUGCUGAAGGAAGAUGGCCGCCUAUGUUCUGUGCAGAUUGAGCGGGAAGCCAUUUCACAGUGCAUGUAGAGCUCAGUUACUUGACACGGUUCUGAAGAAUUUGUGCAGUAACUCUUCUCAAGCUACUGCUGCAAGCGGAUUGAAUUUAAAACAAAAGGAAGAUGUAAAAAAGAAUGACUUCACUUUGAUAGAAUACACUUCUGGUCCUUGCACUGCCGACAAAAUUAUUCUUCAGGCUGACAAAUUUGGCUCAAGUUUAAUGGACUGUGUCAGUUCUGAUUUUGUAAUGGAUAAAGGCUUGGCAAAACAUUUCAAAAGAGCUUUUCAACACAAAGAGAUAUUACAACAAUCUGGUACACCUCCAGGAAAAGCUGCUGUGGUUCCUUACAAAAACUGUUAUAUUUAUUACUUGGUAACAAGAGAAAGAUGGUGGGACAGAGGUUGCUACAAGUAUCUCAAGUUAGCUUUGCAAGAUGCCAAAGAGCACAUUGAAAACAAUGGAGUAGAUGAAGUUUGUAUGGGUCGUCUUGGCUCAGGUGUAGAUGGUCUGGACUGGAUGAAAGUUCGUGAAUUGAUAAAAGACACUUUUAAAGAUACGGGAAUUACAAUAAAAGCACAAUUAACAAGGUAAAAUCUAUGGUAUUUUGUGCGAAUGUUUUUUGGCUUAAAUUUAGCAGUUUUUGUUAUAAAUUUGUAGAUAAGAAAUAUAACUUUGAAAAAUAUUUUCCCUC